AUGAAUCUUGCAAUUUCAGCAUGGACUAUGGAUGUUCGUGCAAAUACAAUUGCGAACUGCUUUCGUCAUUGUAAACUUCGAUCAACAGAUAACAUGACUUUUGAGAACUCAGAUGAAGGUGGUGAAAGCACUCAAGAACUCCAGAAUUUGAUCAAAGAGUUGGGUUAUCGCAAUGCAAUGGAUGUCGAAGAUGUUGUGACUCACCCAGAAGAAAAUGUAGUUGCGCAGUUGUUGACUGAUGAAGAAAUUAUUGAAAGCGUUAUUGGAAUUAAUAAAGAUGAUAUCGAUGAAGAAGAUGAUGAAAGUUCUACAAUGGAGCCCCCUUCGUGA